CAGAGAAGAGGGCUAUUUCUGCUAGGACAGUCUCAGAAAGCCCCAGUGUGCGCGGGCGUGUGUGUAUGUGUGAGUUUGUGUGUGUGUGGGGGGGGAAGGUUUAUGAAACUCGAGAGUUCUUUGUCUGCCUCACAGGGACUUUCCCUCUUCUGGUUGUGGGCAGAGUGGACCAGAUUGAGUUCCCUACGGAGCAGGAGAGGGUGACAGAGAAAAGCUUUAUGGCUUUAGUUAAGGUAGCCAGGUAGCUUAGCCGUCGGUCAUAUCUGUUCUUCCCCCUAGGUCAAAAGUCAGUAUGCUGUGCAGUCAAAAGGCCAGAGCUUAGACCACCGUCAGGCCUCUUUUGGGCUGGGUACUGGGUCGGACUACUUUUGGGUUGGUACUAGGUUGGUUGUUGGGGGUGCGGGGCAGACCACUCCCCUCUCUGGGUGGGGGGGCGCGGCUUCAGCCGCCCCGCCCCACUCUUCCAGGUCCGGCCUGGCGGGAGCCGGGAGCGCGGAGCCGGGAGCCCGGAGAGGACUGGAGAUCCAGAGUUCUCUCGCAGCGAGGAAGUAGGCACGCUGGAGCCGGAGCCCGACCAAAGUGGGAGCAGCGGCGCAGGUGACGCUGGAGAUCCAUGCACUCGCCGAGGACGCGAACACACGUGCGCUCAGGAAAGGACAAGCAGAGCGAGAUCCCGUAGCAGUCCCAGAGGCAGUGCCACCGGCCCGCGCGACCCCCGUAGAGGUUGCCCUGGAGGCCCCUGGCCAGGCCUGAGCCUCUGCCACCAUGGCCAUUGUGCACACUCUGCCAGUGCCACUGGAGCCCGCACGUGAGACAGCCACUGCCCCACAAGCUCCAGCAAUGGGUAGCGUGAGCAGUCUUAUCUCAGGCCGGCCCUGUCCCGGGGGAUCUGCUCCUCCACGCCACCAUGGUGUCCCUGGGCCCACCUUCUUCCGCCAGCAGGAUGGGCUGCUACGGGGUGGCUACGAGGCUCAGGAACCACUCUGCCCAGCUGCGCCACCCAGGAAGGCUGUCCAAGGCACCAGCUUUACCUAUAUCAAUGAGGACUUCCGGACAGAGUCGCCUCCCAGCCCAAGCAGUGAUGUUGAAGAUCCCCGAGAGCAGCGGGCAAACAAUGCCCACCUCCGUGGGCCCCCACCAAAGCUCAUCCCAGUCUCUGGAAAGCUGGAGAAGAACAUGGAGAAAAUCCUGAUCCGGCCAACAGCCUUCAAGCCAGUGCUACCCAAACCUCGCGGGGCACCAUCCCUACCUGGCUUCCUGGGUCCUCGAGCUGCUGGGCUGUCUGGGAGUCAGGGCAGCCUGACACAGCUGUUUGGGGGGCCAGCCUCCUCCUCCUCUUCCUCUUCCUCCUCUGCUGCUGACAAGCCCUUGGCACUGAGUGGCUGGGCUAGUGGCUGCCCAUCCGGGACACCGUCAGACUCUGGUCGCAAUUCUUUAUCCAGCUUGCCCACCUACAGCACCGGAGGUGCUGAGCCGACCACCAACUCCCCAGGUGGGCACCUGCCCUCCCACGGCCCCAGCCGAGGGUCACUGCCUGGUCCAGCCCGAGGGGUCCCUACUGGGCCCUCCCACUCGGACAGUGGACGAUCCUCCUCCAGCAAAAGUACGGGUUCCUUGGGGGGCCGUGUAGCUGGGGGUGUCUUGGGCAGUGGUGCCCGGGCCUCCCCUGGCAGCAGUUCCGGUGGAGACCGCUCUCCGCCCCCUCCGCCCCCUCCGCCCCCUUCGGAUGAGGCCUUGCUACACUGUGUCCUGGAAGGGAAGCUUCGAGACCGAGAGGCAGAGCUGCAGCAGCUGCGGGACGGUAUGGAGGAGAGUGAGGCUACCGUGUGUCAGGCAUUUGGGGCGCGGCAGAGGCACUGGCCACGGGAGCGGGAGGACUGUGCAGCCCAGGCGCAGCAGGCCACACAGCGUGUCCAGCGGGCCCAACAGCUGCUGCAGCUGCAGGUGUUCCAGCUGCAGCAAGAGAAGCGCCAGUUGCAGGAUGACUUCGCACAGCUGCUGCAGGAGCGAGAGCAGCUGGAGCGCCGCUGCGCUACCUUUGAGCGGGAGCAGCGGGAACUCGGGCCGCGGCUGGAGGAGACCAAAUGGGAGGUGUGCCAGAAAUCCGGUGAGAUCUCCCUGCUGAAGCAGCAACUGAAAGAAUCUCAGGCGGAGCUGGUACAGAAGGGCAGCGAGCUGGUGGCGCUGCGCGUGGCCCUUCGAGAGGCCCGGGCUGCCUUGCGGGUCAGUGAGGGUCGGGCCAGGGGCCUGCAGGAGGCAGCCCGAGCUCGGGAACUCGAGCUAGAGGCCUGCUCCCAGGAGCUACAGCGGUACCGCCAGGAGGCUGAGCGGCUCCGGGAGAAGGCUGGGCACUUGGAUGCUGAGGCAGCGGGACUCCGGGAACCCCCUGUACCCCCCGUGGCCCCGGCCACCACUGACCCUUUCCUCCUGGCAGAGAGUGAUGAGGUUAAGGUGCAGAGGGCAGCAGCUGGGGCAGGGGGGAGCCUGCGGGCUCAGGUGGAACGGCUGCGCCAAGAGCUCCAGCGGGAACAGCGGCGAGGAGAGGAGCAGCGCGACAGCUUUGAGGGGGAGCGGCUGGCCUGGCAGGCGGAGAAGGAGCAGGUGAUCCGCUACCAGAAGCAGCUGCAGCACAACUACAUCCAGAUGUACCGGCGCAACCGGCAGCUGGAGCAGGAACUGCAGCAGCUCAGCCUGGAGCUGGAGGCCCGUGAGCUUGCUGACUUGGGCCUGGCUGAGCCAGCCCCCUGCAUCUGUCUGGAGGAGAUCACUGCCACUGAAAUUUAGAGCUUUGCAAGGGGCGAGCCACAGGACCACCUGGGUCCCCGGAUCCACUGAGCACUCCAGGUCCCAGAGCCAAAGGGCCUCUGCCAAGCGUUCGGGUGGCCUUGUGACUUGAGUUCCGUUUCGCUGUCACCCAGAGGCUCCUACCCAUGCCACCAUUUCACUCCCCGGCUGUCAGCGCCACUGCCAGCCUUGUUUGCCCACAGAUGUUUGCGGGGCUACCCCAUCUCCACAUUCUACCUGCCUGAAGCCAGAGAGAGCCAGAUGGCACCAGCUGCUCCAGAUGUGCCUGCCCCCAACAUGCCCACGAGGAGGGGCGGGGCUAGGACUGGGGUUUGAUCCCCGUGUCCAGCUCUGCAAGCCCCUUCUGGGCUGAGGGGGCUGAAGUCAGACCAAAGGAAGAACCCAGCAAUGUCUUGUUUAUUUGUGUUUGUGACCAAGCAGCCCCUCCUGUUACCAGGUUUAUGGCCUCGUUUUCACUUGUAUAUUUUUCACAUGUAAAUUUCUUGUACAAACCCAAAGAAAACAUUUAAAAAAAUUGUUUUUUUUAAAAAAGUAUGCUGGAUAAAGAACCACAGGGAACUUG